GAGCGAAGCUCUGGAUCUGCGCGCUUGACAGCCCCGGGAGAAGGAGGCGCGGGAGACAGGGUGAUCAGCGAGAUUCACAGCCCUGGAACUGCGCGGGCUCCGGCGGUGGCAGCUCCAGGAACCCUACAUCAAUUUUCAUUUGACAAGCUGGUGACCAAGAUGCCCAGAGAUUAGUCCCCAUGCAUGUGCGUCACCUUAGACACAGUCAUAAGACACAGCAAGCCUCCAGUCUUCCUGACCUGUUGCUUGGGGACACGUCCCUUCCCUGCUCCUGACGUCUGCCUGGUCAACCUUGGCUUCCUGGGAGAACAAGGAAGGAGGUGGGACACAUGAAACCAUGCCACCCAAGGCCGAAUGGCAAUGAGUAAGUGACGCCAAGUUGACGUCAAAGACAGAAGCGGCUGGAAUUCUGCAACCAGCUCUUUUCCUGGAGUAGCUCGGGGCCCCUGCAAGAGUCAUCUUAGCUUAGAGGUCUUCCAAAGGACACAGACACCAUGGAAGAGCACACAUUUGGAGUUCAGCAGAUCCAACCCAAUGUCAUUUCUGUCCGUCUCUUCAAACGCAAAGUCGGGGGUCUGGGCUUCUUGGUGAAGGAACGGGUCAGCAAGCCACCCGUGAUCAUCUCUGACCUGAUUCGAGGAGGUGCCGCGGAACAGAGCGGCCUUAUCCAAGCUGGAGACAUCAUUCUAGCCGUUAAUGGCCGGCCCCUGGUGGACCUCAGCUACGAGAGCGCCCUGGAGGUACUCAGGGGCAUUGCCUCUGAGACCCACGUGGUCCUCAUUCUGAGGGGCCCGGAGGGCUUCACUACACACCUGGAGACCACCUUCACAGGAGACGGAACCCCCAAGACCAUCCGGGUGACCCAGCCCUUGGGUCCCCCCACCAAAGCUGUUGAUCUGUCCCACCAACCGUCAGGCGGCAAAGACCAGCCAUUAGCAGUAGGCAGGACCACGGAUCCUGGUAAUGGGCCUCAGCAUGCCCAUGGCAAUGGACAGGAAGCUGGCUUAGUCUCCCAAGCUAAUGGUCUGGCCAUUGACCCUACAAUAAAAAGUACCAAGGCCAAUCUCCAGGACAGCCGGGAACAUGACGAACUACUCAAAGAGAUAGAACCUGUACUGAGCCUCCUAAACAGUGGAGGCAAAGCAAUCAACAGAGGUGGACCAGCCAAAGCAGAAAUGAAGGACACAGGUGUCCAGGUGGACAGAGAUGGGGACAGCAAGCUGCACAAAGCUCUGCCGCUGGGCAGCGAGAACGACCGAGUCUUCAAUGACCUGUGGGGGAAGGGCAACGUCCCUGUGGUCCUCAACAACCCGUAUUCAGAGAAGGAGCAGCCCCCCACCUCGGGAAAGCAGUCCCCCACCAAGAAUGGCAGCCCUUCCAGGUGCCCCCGCUUCCUCAAGGUCAAGAACUGGGAGACAGAUGUGGUCCUCACUGACACUCUGCACCUCAAGAGUACAUUGGAAACGGGGUGCACAGAGCACAUCUGCAUGGGCUCUGUCAUGCUGCCAUCCCAGCACACUCGGAAGCCAGAAGAUGUCCGCACAAAGGACCAGCUCUUCCCGCUAGCCAAAGAAUUUCUCGACCAAUACUACUCGUCCAUUAAAAGGUUUGGCUCCAAGGCGCACAUGGACAGGCUGGAGGAGGUGAACAAGGAGAUCGAAAGCACCAGCACCUACCAGCUCAAGGACACCGAGCUCAUCUACGGAGCCAAGCAUGCCUGGCGGAAUGCCUCUCGAUGCGUGGGCAGGAUCCAGUGGUCCAAGCUGCAGGUGUUCGAUGCCAGAGACUGCACCACGGCCCACGGCAUGUUCAACUACAUCUGUAACCACGUCAAGUAUGCCACCAACAAGGGGAACCUCAGGUCGGCCAUCACUAUAUUCCCCCAGAGGACAGACGGCAAGCAUGACUUCCGAGUGUGGAACUCACAGCUCAUCCGCUAUGCUGGCUACAAGCAACCAGAUGGCUCUACCUUGGGGGACCCUGCGAAUGUGCAGUUUACAGAGAUCUGUAUUCAGCAGGGCUGGAAAGCCCCGAGAGGCCGCUUCGAUGUCCUGCCACUCCUGCUCCAGGCCAAUGGCAAUGACCCUGAGCUCUUCCAGAUCCCCCCAGAGCUGGUGCUGGAAGUGCCCAUCAGGCACCCCAAGUUUGACUGGUUUAAAGACCUGGGGCUCAAAUGGUAUGGCCUCCCUGCUGUGUCCAACAUGCUGCUGGAGAUUGGGGGCCUGGAGUUCAGCGCCUGUCCCUUCAGCGGCUGGUACAUGGGCACAGAGAUCGGCGUCCGUGACUACUGUGACAACUCUCGAUACAACAUCCUGGAGGAAGUAGCCAAGAAGAUGAACUUGGACAUGAGGAAGACGUCCUCCCUGUGGAAGGACCAGGCGUUGGUGGAGAUCAACAUUGCUGUUCUAUACAGCUUCCAGAGUGACAAGGUGACCAUUGUUGACCACCACUCUGCCACCGAGUCCUUCAUCAAACACAUGGAAAAUGAGUACCGCUGCAGAGGGGGCUGCCCUGCCGACUGGGUGUGGAUUGUGCCCCCCAUGUCGGGCAGCAUCACCCCUGUCUUCCACCAGGAGAUGCUCAACUAUCGACUCACCCCCUCCUUCGAAUACCAGCCUGACCCAUGGAACACGCAUGUGUGGAAGGGUACCAAUGGGACCCCCACGAAGCGGCGAGCCAUUGGCUUCAAGAAAUUGGCAGAAGCCGUCAAGUUCUCAGCCAAGCUGAUGGGGCAGGCCAUGGCCAAGAGGGUCAAAGCAACGAUUCUCUAUGCCACAGAGACAGGAAAAUCACAAGCCUAUGCCAAGACCCUGUGUGAGAUUUUCAAGCACGCCUUUGACGCCAAGGCAAUGUCCAUGGAGGAGUAUGACAUUGUGCACCUGGAGCACGAAGCCCUGGUCUUGGUGGUCACCAGCACCUUUGGCAAUGGAGACCCCCCUGAGAACGGGGAGAAAUUUGGCUGCGCUUUGAUGGAGAUGAGGCACCCGAGCUCCGUGCAGGAGGAAAGGAAGAGCUACAAGGUUCGAUUCAACAGCGUCUCCUCCUAUUCUGACUCCCGCAAGUCGUCAGGCGAUGGGCCCGACCUCAGGGACAACUUUGAAAGCACUGGACCCCUAGCCAAUGUGAGGUUCUCAGUAUUCGGCCUGGGCUCUCGGGCGUACCCUCACUUCUGCGCCUUUGGGCAUGCAGUGGACACCCUCCUGGAGGAGCUAGGAGGGGAGAGGAUUCUGAAGAUGAGGGAGGGGGAUGAGCUCUGCGGGCAGGAAGAGGCAUUCAGGACCUGGGCCAAGAAAGUCUUCAAGGCAGCCUGUGAUGUGUUCUGUGUUGGGGAUGACGUCAACAUCGAGAAGGCAAACAAUUCCCUCAUCAGCAACGACCGCAGCUGGAAGAGGAAUAAGUUCCGCCUCACCUAUGUGGCUGAAGCUCCAGAGCUGACACAAGGUCUUUCCAAUGUGCACAAAAAGCGAGUCUCAGCUGCUCGAUUCCUUAGCCGCCAAAACCUGCAAAGCCCCAAGUCCAGCCGAUCAACCAUCUUCGUGCGUCUCCACACCAACGGGAAUCAGGAGCUGCAGUACCAGCCAGGCGACCACCUAGGUGUCUUCCCUGGCAACCACGAGGACCUCGUGAAUGCGCUCAUUGAGCGGCUGGAGGAUGCACCGCCUGCCAACCACAUGGUGAAGGUGGAGAUGCUGGAGGAGAGGAACACAGCUCUGGGUGUCAUCAGCAAUUGGAAGGAUGAGCCUCGCCUUCCACCCUGCACCAUCUUCCAGGCCUUCAAGUACUACCUGGACAUCACCACGCCACCCACGCCCCUGCAGCUGCAGCAGUUCGCCUCCCUGGCCACCAGCAAGAAAGAGAAGCAGCGGCUGCUGGUCCUCAGCAAGGGGCUGCAGGAAUAUGAGGAGUGGAAAUGGGGCAAGAACCCCACUAUUGUGGAGGUGCUGGAGGAGUUCCCGUCCAUCCAGAUGCCAGCCACACUUCUCCUCACCCAGCUGUCCCUGCUGCAGCCUCGCUACUAUUCCAUCAGCUCCUCCCCAGACAUGUACCCCGACGAAGUGCACCUCACUGUGGCCAUUGUCUCCUACCACACUCGAGAUGGGGAAGGACCCAUUCACCACGGCGUGUGCUCCUCCUGGCUCAACCGGAUACAGGCUGAUGACGUAGUCCCCUGCUUCGUGAGAGGUGCCCCUAGCUUCCACCUGCCUCGAAAUCCCCAGGUCCCUUGCAUCCUGGUUGGCCCAGGCACCGGCAUCGCACCCUUCCGAAGCUUCUGGCAACAGCGACAAUUCGACAUUCAACACAAAGGAAUGAAUCCCUGCCCCAUGGUCCUGGUCUUUGGAUGUCGACAAUCCAAGAUAGAUCAUAUCUACAGAGAGGAGACCCUGCAGGCCAAGAACAAGGGUGUCUUCCGAGAGCUGUAUACUGCCUAUUCCCGGGAACCUGACAGGCCAAAGAAAUACGUGCAGGACGUGCUGCAGGAGCAGCUGGCCGAGCCUGUGUACCGCGCCCUGAAGGAGCAAGGAGGCCACAUCUAUGUCUGUGGGGAUGUCACCAUGGCCGCCGAUGUCCUCAAAGCCAUCCAGCGCAUAAUGACGCAGCAGGGGAAGCUCUCAGAGGAGGAUGCUGGUGUGUUCAUCAGCAGACUGCGGGAUGACAACCGGUACCAUGAGGACAUCUUUGGAGUCACCCUGCGAACAUAUGAAGUGACCAACCGCCUUCGAUCUGAGUCCAUUGCCUUCAUUGAAGAGAGCAAAAAAGACACAGAUGAGUAAGGUUUUCAGCUCCUAACUGGAUCCUCCUGCCCCAUGGGAUCACAGUUGACUAACCGCGGACACACAUGGCUGAACCUUCCCCACGGGACCCCAUGUGACCCACCCUGCCUUUUGUCCUGUUGCUGUGUCCUGGUCCUUCCUCCCACCCCACACUCCCAACCCUGGGUUUUCUCCUUGCCUCCUUCUGCAAUGCAUUGUCCCUGUACCCUGCAGUGGCUCUUACAAAACUACACCCUCCCUACCCGCUCGUUGCCAAGGGCAGGUUGUGGCGCAUGAAACCACCGGGUCAUGGCUGUCACUCCUGUUGGGGUCUGAAGGCAACUGGCACUGGGCUUCAGAGUCACCCUGAGCCAGUCCCUUGACCACUUCAGCACUGCCCGUGCGUGCGUGCGUGCGUGCGUGCGUGCGUGUGACAGGCCUAGGUCACUCUCUGUCCUCUUACCCGAGUCCUCUGCCUCCGUGAAGGAUGUCCAGUGUCCACUGCCUUCGUGAAGGACGUUCAGUGUCAUGAAACAUGUUCCUAACUAUUGUUAAUCCCUCUCCAUGUCCAUCAUGACAGAUCUGUGUCAGCCUCUCUGAAACACAUCAAGUCCCUUUACUAAUCUAGUGAACCAAUCACAGCGGGAGAUAGGCAGGUGACGGAGAGGAGGUGAAGGAGUCAGUUUUUGAAUUCAAGGUGUUCAGAGUCUGACCCCUGUCAGCAGAGGUCUGUCUGGGAGAUUUACCCAGAUGGUGAACUGGGCAAGCACCUCCCCUCCCCCACCCACCUCAGCUGGGGCCACCAGCCCUUGAGCUCCCUCCUUAUACCUAGGCAGCCCCAGCUAUGAGCCCAGCAGCCAUGCUAAGCAAGGAAGCAUGCUGGGAGUAGAGACUUCGCCACCAAGGAAGGGUGUGCCUAACUCUAAGUCUGCCCUUAUUGAAGGAAUGGAAGUGCCUCCCGGAGUGCUUUGGAGCCUGGAAGCAAACACCAAGGAAGAAGAUAGCUGGUUUUUAUUCCUCCAAAUCGGCUUGCCUCCCACUUGGGAAUAAUUUCCUCUCCCACACCCCACCCCUAAAACGAGCAGCCAUAGCCAGGGCAAGUUGGCCCUUCGAGGCAACUGUGUUCUGAGUCAGCAGGCCCAAGGGGUCGGCUCUGAGUCCCAUGUUCUGUGCUUUUGUUUGGUUCUGUGAUGCAGAAAAAACGAAACAAAAAAUUUCCUCUACAUCCUGAGCCAGGGCCUGGCUCUCUUGAUGCUAAGUAUUGGGGCUGCCAUAUAGAAAGUGCCAAGGACUUUACGGUUGUGGACCCAAACCUAAGAACGUCAAUCCUUCCUUCCUUCCUUCCUUCCUUCCUUCCUUCCUUCCUUCCUUCCUUCCUUCCUUCCUUCCUUCCUUCCUUCCUUCCUUCCAUUUUCCUAGACAGGGUCUACUGUUGCCCAGGCUGGCUUUGAACUCAUGACCUUGAAUUGCUAAUCCUCUUGCCUCUACUUCCCUAGCUAGGAUUACAGGCAACUACGUCCAGUUUACACUGUGCUGGGGAGGGGGAAGGGGGGUGUCAAGCCCACGAUUUCCUGCACACCAGGCAAACACUUUACCAAUUGAUCAACAUCCCCAGUCUUCAGUCUUCAACCCGAAAUUCAGAGACAGGUCUCAUGCUGCUCCGGACACCCCCACCACAUCCCAUCACUAGCAUGUGGAUUUGUCCCAGUUAUCACCCCCUGGCCCCAGUUUCCCCCAGUAGCCUGGAGGCAAGGCAGCAUCCUCUGACGGUCCCUCCAACACAGUUCCCACCACUUUCUUCCCAGGGACUUCCUUCUCAAUCCUUCAAGCCUCUGUGAACACUUCCUAAGACUAGUCGAUUCCCCAGAUCUGAACGGCUAUGCCCAACCUCCAUCCGAGAGCCUUCUCUCUGCACGCCAGCUACAUGCACGCCUGCAUCGGCGAUUUUUCCACCUCUGAAUAAGGAGUGCUUACCAUGUGACAGGCUCCUCCCCACCCCCACCCCUGUAUAUCCGGGUGCUCCCAGUAGCAGGUGGACAGAUGGAAGCUUCGUGUCACUUGCCAGAGAGUCCAAAGACAGGAUUACAUAACCGGGUUCAGGAGGGACUUAGGUUUUCCAGUGCUAAAGAUGAGACCCAGGGCCUCACGUGUGCCAGACUGAGCUAUGUCCCCAACCCCCAAGAGAGAACGUUUUAUUUUUUUUUUAUUUUUUUUUUUAUUUUUUUUGGUUUUUCGAGACAGGGUUUCUCCGUAGCUUUGGAGCCUGUCCUGGAACUAGCUCUUGUAGACCAGGCUGGCCUCGAACUCACAGAGAUCCACCUGCCUCUGCCUCCCGAGUGCUAGGAUUAAAGGCGUGCGCCACCACCGCCCGGCCAAGAGAGAACGUUUUAAAAAAGACCUUUGAACUCUUAACCUAGGCAUCCUCCUUAGCCCCUGUCUAGAAGGCCAGAGACAGGCUGAAUGCCCUAAUCUUUUUCCAGAAAGCAGUCUAAAUUGCUUGUCCAACGGCUGGCUAAAGUGACCAUCUAGAGUGGGCCAAUACUGCCCUCUGCUGGUGGUUUUAGUUCAACCCACAGCCAGCAACAAGGGAAUCUACAGCUUAGAAUAGGAGAGUAGAGUUCAAGACUCAGUUUGUAGCCAGUCUGUCGUCUUCUGUGCUGACAGUAGCUUCAACCCCACUUCACAAAAGCAGGUUUGACCAGGAAGAAGAAGAUGACCCCUCAAAACAGGAGGGCUGGAGACGUAGGCUCCCUGCCAUCCCUGGAACGCCAGAGUUCAGCCUGUGGGAGGGGAAGAGAGCUUCUCUGCAUGUCCUUGGGGAAGCAAGCAGGUGACUUUGAGACAUAGGGGGGGAGCUGACGUGCCCCCUAUGAAGUUUCACAUGCACACCUGACCCACGCGUUAAUUCUGCCUUGUUUAUGCAGAAGGUCUGGCUCCUUGGCGUUCCUGAGAACCCGGAUUCCACUGAGCAGGGUGGCUUUGAUGAGAUAAUGGUCUAUGGCAGUGCCAACUCCAGCUCUAAUGAGCUUCCAUUUCCCCUAUGGCUGCGGACAACACCUUCCCGACAUCAAGAUUAUCACCGUCACUAGUUUAAGAGGGGGAAGGGGCAGGCAGAUUUUAUGCUAAGUCAACAAUACUUGCUACAGUCUGUCAUGAAGAGUGAAGACAGAGAGAGAUCCUUCCCCCCUGCACUCCCCCCCGUACCCCGUGCACUUCCCUCACCCCACCCUCCACACCCACCCCCGCCAUGGACAUGAAAGUCAUCAGGACAAAGGAAGAAAGCUGAAUCAGCCAGAAAACACAGGACCAAGGGUGUGGAUUUCCCUGGCAAAGGCUUGCAAGAGUUCAGGUUUCUCCUAAGGCCAGGGCAAAAUGCAAUGGUUCUGACCCUGAUGUCUGAGCCCCCAUCUCUGCAGCGUCACACACACACACACACACACACACACACACACACACCGCACACACUGCACACACACGGAGCCUUUCUCUGCGCCCUAGAAAAGUCCUUCUAGGUUGAGUUCAGCCGAGGUUUGCUUUUAUUUUCCUUCCAUCUCCGGCUCUGCCUCCUCAGCACCCAACCUUGAGAGGUUCAGGCUGUCCUGACUCUUUCUCUUUUCCCACUCACUGCCAGACCACCUAGAAGGAAAGGCACCCAAGAGGACUCACUGGCCAUGAAGUGUCUUAGACAAGAGGACCCAGGGACUCCUGGACUUCCAGGGGGCAUCCCCAAAGCGAAAAUGCUCCAUAAACUAAAAUAUCUUGUUGGUACCGCAAGUGAAUGCUUUAUUCACUCAUGAAAUGAUCUGAAAGAAUGGGCAGACUGGGCAUAAACUCAGGGAUAGUUUGCCUAGCCUGAGGAGUCCUUGGGUCCUUCCCAGCAUCGUCAGUAAAUUGUUCCGGGCUAUGUAUUUAAGAGAUAUAUAUAGAUAUAUACAUAUAUCUAUAUAUAUAUAUAUGAACCAUAAAUGGAUUUCAUGAUUAGAGGUGGGUCCCGUCUACCAAAUAUCCCAUUAGGAAUAUGCAAAUAUUAUGUUUUUUUUUAUCUAAAAUCGAAAACAUUUCUUGUCACAAGUAUUUCAUCAAAGUAAAAUCAACCAACCUAUCAGAAUCAAGGGAGAUAUUGGGGUAAGCGUGCCUCAGCUGUGUUUAUAAGUUUGUUUCUUUCUAACAUAUCUGAGUGGCCCCGGAUAACCGGGCGUCCCUGACCCAAGGCAGUCAGUUCCUAAUGAAGUGUCCCUGGAAGGCAGAAGCAAGGGUGACUUCACGAACUGAUAAUCUCCUAGCCAAGUCAGAACAUGGAAGUGACCGGGUUUAGUCAUGACCUCUAGGAGAUUCUAGCCAGGAACCCACUAACCUUGGCCUUCUUGUGUGGAGCACGGCUGUCUUGGUACUGUAGGAUGGUGAAUACCAUUUGUGGACUUUCCUACUAAAUGCUUCUGGCGGCCUCCCGCCAUCUGGGACAGCCACAAAGGUCACUAGAAAGUACUGAGUGCCCCUGAGAGGGCAGGACCUUCAGCCAUUGGACCAAGCAACCACUGCUUUUGGGCCAUGGAGCUGUCUACCUGUGACUGUAGGCCUUCUGGUUAUAGAGCUGGAGAAAGCCAGAAACCUGCCCCAGUUCGAUGGUUGCUUCUCUAACCUCCUUCAAACCAACGGUGACAUAGCAAAGUCUCAAAACUCCCAAGUCAGAGGGUAGCUCAGCGUUCUUAAGACAGAGGCACUGAGGAGCCACCUCUCACGUAGGGUCUGAGGCUAUCCCCUGUCCCUAUCCCACCUCCGUGACCCAAGCUCUGUCUUCCCACUUUUGUCGCUGUGUUGUCCUUGUGACUGUACGACCCACUCCAGGCUCGGCAAUUGCUUGCCAGAAGUCCCGCGUCCCACAUGGGAUCAGGUUACACCCAGAGGGUUCACUUCAGGGGUUACAGGGAGUGGGGGCAGGAGGACGGGCAGAGCCCGGGUUCCGUCUCACCACGCACAAGCUGUCAGAAACUCGGACGCCCCCACCCACCUCUGACUUCUCCAUGCUGCUAAUCUCUGCCAAGUGUCCCGUGUGCUCCAGCACUGCCACCUGCCCCCACGCCCUCUGCGAGGCUGUCCAGGCUGUGUUCUCGCAUGCUUCUCUUCUAUAUAACCCUCACCUUCUCAUUUGAUGGGAUUCAACACAAAGUCUACUUAUGCUUGUUUGCAUUAUGGUUAAACUAUUAAAAAAAAAAAGUG